AUGCCUUUAGGGUACUUCCGAAUUCUUCGUGGAAACAACGAAUGCAGUAUCGAAGAAUUGGUUUUUGCAGGCCAAAUGAAUUAUUAUCUAGCAUUAGGCGAAGCUAUGUACUGA